AUGUCGUCGUAUAAUAAGCACUCACAUUUUUCAGGAUACGACGAUACACCCUGUACCUGUCCGCCCUGCACCGCCAUCGUAGAGAAAGAUGACAGCCUGGAGAGCCGCAGUCGGCUUCGCGACGACGAUUUCUACACCGCCAACCCAGCAGGCAAAGUCUGUCUCCCGUCACAGACACAGCGCUACUAUCUCCGCAAAGCCUACAGUCUCGCACAAGGCGCCCUCUGGCAUGCGCUCCGAGACCACUGGCCGCGAGCACAACGGCAGUACUACCUCGAAGAGCCUGACCAAGUCCGCUUCGGGAACAGUGAGCUCGAGCACUGCUUUGGGAAUAGUUAUUGCCCCAGUCAGCAGAACGGAAUGUGCGGACUGCCACCAGCGAUCACACUUGCUACAAUCUAUAGUGUGAUUGAUUUGAGGAAUGCUGUUUGCCAUCCUACUCCAGGUGGUACGCAGCAUAUCGACCGGCUGAUGCAGCGUGCACAAGAUCUGACGGUGACGCUGCUCGAUGAGACUCGUGCUAUGCGAGUGCGGCGACUGCGUGAUGAUAUUCAGAAGGAUGCGACGCGAGGGCUCGAUGACAUUGCAGCGCUUGAACCGUUGAGCUGGCUGCCUGACACCACAUCUUGGGCACUGCAUCAUCAGAUCUACUUCCAGCAGAUCCUGACUGACCUAAAGCGUGGCGACAACUCCUUUGGUCCGAGUUCAGUCAAGCAUGACCCAGCUGCUGUUCGUGCAGCCAGAUCAUGGGGCAUGCGUUGUUCAUCACCCAGAGAGGACGAUUCCAGAUACGUGGCGGUCAUGGCCAAGAAAGCGGCGUAUGUGCGCGAGGCGUGUGAGGGGAGGCGUGCCAGUGUUUGUGCUAUGCUGGGUGCUCGUGAGCAGGCUGACGAUGUAGUGCCAGCGAAGCGCCCGCUGAUGUGCUGGCUUACUCAAGCUCUCCGACACUAUUUCAACCCAUCAGGGCUUGUCACCGGCACUGAACUGCUAAAGAUGCGCCUCGACACUCUAUCAGCCACCUCCCUGCUGCUAGGCAUAGGUCUCGCUGCUCCGCCCAGCGGUAACACAGGCGGAAGUUCGAAUACACCUGGCGGUAACCUACCCUUGAGACCAGCCGCAGGCUCCAGUAAGGCUGCGUCCAACGCAAAGCAGAUCAAGCUCGGCGACAUAUUUGACGUCCUCGUCGACAAUAGUAGAGACUCGUGCGCGAAGUAUUAUGAUCCCAAAGCGGAGCCAGGCAAGUCAGAGAAGCACCUGAAUCAAUACUGGGACCAGGUGUACACCUUCACUACCUCAGCCGAAGCGGCUGUCGAAGACAAGUACACGUCGAAUGCGGAGAAGCGGAAGCUGAUGCAGCUGUACUUUGGGAUCGAGAUGAGCGAGAAGGGCGUGGCGACUAAAGGUAUCGAAAGCUUGGCAUUCGGGAAAGUGCAAGGUGACAAGAAACCGCGCCUCGCCUGCGGCUCCAGCUUCCAGAUCUUCCAAGAAAGCAACGACCCCAUGAAAGACGAGAAUGGCGAAGACACCAAGCCAAACAUCUACCGCUUCAUGCAAGAUCAAGGCCUGCAAUGGCACGACUACUGGGUUCACUGGGACAAGCUGGACAAGUCCUACAACGUCAUGCCUCGCCGCGAGGACGAGAAAGAAGCGUGGGGCGGCGAUCCUGAUGCAGUCCCAUAUCCACCUGAUCCAGAUGACGAGACACUCUUCCACAUUUGCAACCAUCCAGAGGUAUCUGCCCAGACUCUUGGAGCAGGCGAUCCAUUACCGACAAGCGCCUCUGAGUGGCAGAAGCGUACUCAUCGCAAGCGCGGAUUGGUGAUCCUGUGCCCAGAAACCUUUCAGGCCAUGCCGGAUGCGGUCCCGCCGAUCACGAAGCAGAAGCUGGAUACUGGUGCUCAUGCUGUAGGGACGGAGUUGGCGACCAUGGGAACGAACGCCCUGGCGCUGUACCAUGAGCUCUUCCACUUGGUCAUGGAGGGUCAGGUCAUCUCAGACAAAGCGCGGCUGACUGAAGACUUUCCACCUUAUGGGGCGGAUGUUGACCAAAACAUGAGAUUGCCAAAGGGAUUUCCCGCCAAGAAAGACACCUUCAUCAGCCAGCCCGGCUCCGCGCUUGGUCCGAUACAGUGCGGCUACAUAGCUCUCUUCGACAAGGCAGAGCCACGAGCCGCAAAGUUGGAGGACUACUUUUCCACUAUGAGCCCAGAGCACUAUGCGCGGUUCGGGCUGACGAGUGCCAUGCAUGACCAUGACAAGAUGGACUGGUCCAGUGGCGUCACGCAGAAGGCGGGCGGUCCAUUUAAGGGAGUUUUCACCAGCAGGGACGACUACCGCAAGGACAUAUAUGUCCCGAUCAACACCUGCCAGCCACAGGAUGAUUCCGAAUAA